AUUCCCCAGUGCUACCGUCUUUUACACAGAUCCAUUUCCUCCCUAAUUCCAUUGCCUUUUCCUAAUUCAAACCAUAGCCAUAAACCUAACCACAGCCAUGGCGUCAGAAGAGCCCACUGUUGCCGUGGAACCCGUACCUGAGCCGAGCAGCACCGAACCACUGCCUCUGCCUGAGGAAAAAGAGGAAACAAUGCCUGAAGCUGAAGCUGCGCCAGCCAAGGCGAAGAAAGCCAAGGAUCCCAAACCUAAGAAAGUUUCUGCUCCUAAACCACGGAACCCUUCCUCUCAUCCUUCUUAUGAAGAGAUGAUUAAGGAUGCGAUUGUGACGCUGAAGGAGAAGACAGGUUCGAGCCAAUAUGCGAUUGCCAAGUUCAUCGAAGAAAAGCAUAAGCAGCUUCCUCCUAACUUCAGGAAGCUAUUGCUUAACCAUUUGAAGAAGCUCGUCGCUUCUGAAAAGCUCGUUAAGGUUAAAGGCUCUUUCAAGCUUCCUCCAGUCAAGUCAUCGCCGGCGACCGCAUCAUCUUCCCCAGCCAAGAAGAAGAAGCCUGUAGCCGCCAAGCCCAAGCCCAAGCCCAAGCCAGCUUCCAAGGCUAAGGUUACUAAAACAACCAAGGUAGCAGCCGCGACCACCAAGAAACCGGUGAAGGCCAAGCCGGUUGCGAAGCCGAAGCCCAAGGCCAAGGCUGUUCCUGCCAAGACCAAGGCUGUUGCUACUAAGUCCAAAGCUGCUCCGGCGAAGCCCAAGCCCAAGCCCAAGCCUGCUGUUGCUGCGAAGCCAAAGCCGAAGGCAGCUGUGAAACCAAAGACGAAGGUGAGACCUGCAAAGGCUGCAAGGACCUCAACAAGGAUGACCCCGGGUAGGAAAGCACCAAUUUCCAAGCCGGUACCGAAGAAGGCAACGGCUGCGAAGAAAGCACCGGUGAAGAGUUUAAAGUCACCGGCGAAGAGGGCUUCAUUGAAGAGAGGUGGAAGGAAGUGAAAACAUGAGUCUAGUUUUUGUGUAGGUGGGUAGUUUUGUAAAUUACUUUAUGUUUUAGUGUAGUUGGAUCCACUUAUGUUUUAAAAGUUGUAUGAAUGUUUUUUUGGGGACGAUCUAGGAAAUAGAUAUAGUUUCUAGGUUGUAUUUCUCAACUUAAUGAGUUAAUCAUAAAUGCCGCAUAGAAGUUUGAGGUUUCUCUGCAAUGUUUUCGAUCGGAUUAUGGUAUAUGCACUCGUUUACAAAGGAAUGAAUCUGUAAUCGUAAUCAUUGGCUUU